AGAUACAGAUACUGUAGCUCACGAGUGCAACUGUAUCUGCUGCAUGUGUUUUUUGAGGAAAGAAAACAUGCAGUGACAGUCGAGUUUGAAAGAAACUAUAUUAUAAUACUUCCAAUUAGCUGACAAAAAUAUUGAAAUUUAAGAAAUCGAAAUGGAGAGCUUCCAGGAAAUAGUACCCGCGGAGAGGAGGACCAGCUACAGCUCGAAUUCAUCGGUGCCAGCGAAUCCUUCGGAGGAAUGCGGCUGUGUGCGGUUGGGAAAAUGCAAAUGGUUCAAUGUUGCCAAGGGCUGGGGCUUCCUAACCCCCAACGAUGGCGGCCAGGAGGUGUUCGUCCAUCAGAGUGUCAUCCAAAUGUCGGGCUUUCGUUCACUGGGCGAGCAGGAGGAGGUGGAGUUCGAGUGCCAGCGCACGCCCCGAGGCCUGGAGGCCACCAGGGUGUCCGGCAGGCAGGGCGAGAGCUGUCACGGCAGCACCUACAGGCCACGCAUCAAUCGCAGGACUCGCCGCAUGCGCUGCUACAACUGCGGCGAAUUCGCCAACCACAUCGCCUCCGAGUGCUCCUUGGGACCGCAGCCGAAGAGAUGCCACCGCUGCCGGAGCGAGGACCAUCUGCACGCCGACUGCCCGCACCGUCAUGUGACCAGCACCAGCGACGGCAGCAUCAGCACCGGAAGUCAAAGCAAAAGCGAAGCCACCUAAGGAUACCAGAUGGGAUGUCGUCCUUGGCAGCGGGGUCGUCGGGGUGGCUGGAAGUUUCAAACUUCUUUUGAGAACAAGUACAAAAAUGGAAAUCUAAAACAUGCAUCAAAUCAAAGAAACCCACGUACAACAAAAUUAGCUUUUAGUUAUUAAUGGAUUAGAUAUUAAAAAAAGGGGGGGGGGGGUGGACAUUAAAACACGCCCCUAAUCUAACUUAA